CUAUUUGAGUCUCCCCACUGCAGGUCAUCAGUAGGCCAUAUUUGAGUUAUACACAGGAAAAGAGGUUAAAUCCCUUGUGCAAUUGUUUGGGGAAGUCCCACAGUGUCAUCUCCCACUGUCACAUGCACAUACUCAUACACCCUAACGGUUAACCAAUGUAGCAACUGCCCUACCAUAGACCCAUAGAGCAGCAGGAUACAGGAACAACAAUGCCCCACUGGAUGGAGACAGCCGCAACUUGUGCCAUAUGUUCUGCCCAGGAUCCAUAAAUUAUAAAAUCUCACAAUUGCAUCAGGAAGCCGGGUGCGGUGAAGAACACUCUGGGACCCAAAGCCCUUAGAGUCCCUUUGACGGAAGACAUGUCAGCCAAAGAGGAGCCCAGCUCAGCCACCAUUGAGCUCAACGCUGCUUUCCUGAAGUCCGUGAGAGGAGGCCUGAAGAUUGCUGAAAUUGUGGUUGCUUUCGUGGCUUUCCUGUGCUACGCGGUUGCGUCCCGGCCCCCGUACAUCGCUGCCACACUGAUCGAGCUCCUGAUCACCACCGGCCUCCUCCUGCUGUACCUGUUCAACCUCCACAAGACCCUCACCUUCUUCUUCUGGCCUCUCAUAGAUGUGUUUAACUCGGGCUUUGCGUCUGUGUUCAUGUCCAUCGUCAGUGUAGUGGCUCUGUCCACAGACACACUCAAGGCUACCACGGCUGGAGCGAUUGUGGGGUUCAUGGGAGCCAUUCUGUGGGGAGUCGACGGAUUCCUACUGUACCGGAAGAUCACCUUCAACCAGAGGAGGACCUAAAGAACGCACGCUGUAUUUAAAGUUCAAUAAGUUCUGGACAGGGGAUAAUGUCAUAUUGCUGUAUGAAUGUGAUGCAACAUAAAUUAAACAUUCAGAGACAUUAUUUACCUCAA